CCCGGGCCUUGAAUACUACUUCCUUCGUGCCUAGGGAACUUUCUUCGCUUGACAAGUCAGUUGAAGGGCGUAUUCUUCACUGAGAACUCUCUCGACUCUAUUGCCUUUUUUCCGAGACCUACAAAACUUUCAGUCAUUUGCAAGGCACUCGCUGCCUUCUUCCACUCGCCUUUUGAAGCAGUAACGAAUUGGUCUGAGCUCUCUCGCAGGGUUCCCCUCCAUCCUAGCAUGGAUUUCGAUGAUGAUGCCCCGCCUGAUCUGGUAGAGGCCGGAACCGUUGCUGAGAAUGACCUGCCACCAUCGGAGAGCCAGAUCAAGGUCCCGAUCACAAUCGUUACGGGCUAUCUUGGUGCUGGAAAGACAACGCUGCUCAACUACAUCUUGACGGCGCAACAUGGAAAGAAAAUUGCCGUGAUUAUGAACGAAUUCGGCGACUCUCUCGAUAUCGAAAAGUCGCUCACCGUCAACAAAGGCGAUGAACAAGUUGAGGAGUGGCUUGAAGUCGGCAACGGCUGCAUAUGCUGCUCCGUAAAGGACACUGGUGUCAACGCUAUCGAGUCGCUCAUGGAGAAGAAGGGCGCGUUCGAUUACAUCCUGCUAGAGACCACAGGCCUUGCGGACCCUGGUAACCUUGCGCCACUGUUCUGGGUCGAUGAUGGGCUAGGAAGCACAAUUUACUUGGACGGCAUCGUGACUCUUGUAGAUGCAAAGAACAUUCUUCGCAGCCUUGAUGAUCCCGCCGGCAAGAUUGAAAUCGACGAGGAUCACAAAGAGGAUGACGGCCACAGUCACGGUCCGCUCAUGACGACGGCUCACGUCCAGAUAUCGCAUGCUGAUGUCAUCGUCAUCAACAAGUCGGAUCUGGUUUCCGAAGAAGAGUUGAGGCAGGUCAGGUCGAGGAUAGAGUCUAUCAAUGGACUCGCCAAGAUACACGUCACCAAGCAGAGCGAGGUGCCGAAAUUGGAAGGGUUCUUGCUCGAUUUGCAUGCCUACGACCAGGUCACGGAGCUCGACACCAGCCAAAAGGGCCACAGUCAUCUAGAUUCGACUAUAUCGACAGUCUCGAUACCAGUGCCAAAGUUAGCACCAUCACAAUUGGAGGAGAUCGACUGGUGGUUGAGAAAGAUCCUCUGGGACCGUAAGCUUCCUGGGGACGAGAAGACGACGCUCGAGGUCCAUCGGUCAAAGGGGCGGCUCGUCUUUGAUAACGGCGAUGUCAAACUCAUCCAGGGCGUGAGAGAGAUAUUCGAGAUUCUAGACUCGCCUGACCAAUCGCGCGAGGCCACACAAGCUCAGGAAGGUAAAAUCAUUCUCAUUGGGAGACACCUCAAGGGCGUCGACUUUGAGAAGAGCUUGGUGGAUGCAAUCAAUUCGAGCAUAUGAAUAGAACUUCUGAGACACAAUGCGCUUCAAUGGCUUUGUGAUCAUUGAGACAUCGACUGCAAGACGUGUAGAGACUACCGUUCAGAAACAGCAGCGUGAGUGACUUUGUAGCAGGAAAGCGAGUGCCUCGGCUGGUGGAAAGCACCAAAUCAGUGCAUGCUGGAAGCUGCCAUCUCAUGUGUCGGAAGGGACAUGAUGUCAAAAAAAGGCCCCAGGUGUAUGUACGGCAGUAGCGCGUGUUUGCACUGAUGCAGGGGUUUUUUUGGAGGGGCCCUGGGCGCACAGGCCAUCGGAUCCAUCUUUGACCGGUCCUCCGCGCGUUAGUGUUGGCUGGGCUUCGACGUCUGUACACUGUACACCAGGAAUCCGCAU